GGGGGGGGGAUCUACAUGGUCUUCUCGGUCCUCGUCUCUAGCACGCGGUACUGAGGUGUUUGCAUACAUAGCCUCAGGGGCACACGCCAUCGCAUCGGGUCCAUUAAGUAGGGAUGGGAACUUCCCCAAGUCCCUCGCACUUUGACCCAUUCAAGGGGGGUGGAAGAGGGCGUUGUCCGCCCUUCUCCUUCACCCAGUGCGUCUUCUGCGGCCAGGGAAGGGAGUCGAAAUCACCCUCUCCCGUUCCGCAGAUUCCUUCUGCGACAUCACUUCCACGCAAAACUACCUAACCUAACUUCCUUUUGUACUUCCUUAUAUACUUUCUUGACUGCCUCGUUGGUCUAGUGGUCUAGUGGUGGCGGUAAGGAAGUAUAUGAGGAAGUAUAUAAGGAAGCACACAAUAGGAGUACAUAAGGAAGUUCAAAGGGGAGUACAUUAGGAAGUAUAUAAUAAUGACGUCCACGGCCGAUUUCGGCCACGGCGGCUAUUCAUUUAAGGAGAUCAGUCAGCUGCGCAGGACAUAUUGAAAUGCACGAGCAUUGGCGCAGACCGAUGCGCAGACCGGAUGGGACAGCAAUCCGACACGACCGGAAAGAGAUCAGGCGCAGGGCCGACAUUUACGUGCUUUCCGAUGCACGGCUGAAUCAAUCACCAAUGUCCAGACUACAGGCUGCUUUGUAAAAGUUUAAGAAAACCCACAAAGCGAUAACGGCCCGUCCCGGGAAUCGAACCCGAGACCUCAAACACAGCAGCCGCGCUUGCGACCACGAACCACCAUACAACGAGGCAGGCAGCAGUUAGAGCGGCCGCCGCCAUGAACCGGUACGUGGUGCUGCAGCAGCUCGGUGACGGCACGUACGGCUCCGUGGUGCUGGCGCAGCGCCGCGACUCCGGCGAGAAGGUAGCCAUCAAGCGCAUGAAGCGCAAGUACUACUCGUGGGACGAAGCCAUGAGCCUGCGCGAGGUCAAGUCGCUCAAGAAGCUGAACCACGCGAACAUUGUCAAGUUACGCGAAGUCAUUCGGGAAAACGACACACUGUACUUCGUAUUCGAGUACAUGCGAGGGAACCUGUAUCAGCUGAUACGCGACGCAGAGCGCGCCUUCCCCGAGCCAGUGUUGAGGAACAUCGUGUACCAGGUACUGCAGGGGCUGGCACACAUGCACAGGCACGGCUUCUUCCAUCGAGAUCUAAAACCAGAAAACUUGCUGUGUGCCGGGCCGGAACUCGUCAAGAUUGCCGACCUGGGGCUGGCGCGGGAGGUGCGCUCGCGGCCGCCGUACACGGACUACGUGUCGACGCGCUGGUACCGCGCGCCCGAAGUGCUCCUGCACGACACGCGCUACGGCGCGCCCAUCGACCUGUGGGCGCUGGGCUGCAUCAUGGCAGAGCUGUACACGUGCCGGCCGCUGUUCCCCGGCAACUCGGAGAUCGACCAGCUGCACAAGAUCUGCGCCGUGCUGGGCACGCCGGAGCGGGACGACUGGCCGGAGGGCUACGCGCUGGCCGAGGCGCUGCGCUUCCGCUUCCCGGCGAGCGCGGGCGUGCCGCUGGCGCGCGUGGUGCCGGCCGCGUCGCCGCCCGCGCUGGCGCUGCUGGCUGCGCUCAUGCGCUACCCGCCGCGGGACCGCCCCACCGCCCCUCAAGCGCUACGGUUUCCGUACUUUGCUGUAGGUGCUGCGCUAGUGUUGCCGCCGCCUGCUUCACGGGCAAGGAGAAGCGCAGCUCGCGUCGAUACGGAGGUGUCGGAGCACCCGCGGUCGCCGGCGGCGGCAGUGCCAUCUCAUGCAGUCCAGCCAGCGCCUCUGCGCGACCGUUUUGCUGAUAUCCUCGGCGGCGAGGUGGUCCACGAGGCGCCGCUGCGGCGCGUGGCGGGCGGGCGCAGCGUGGCGGCGGGCGGGCCGGCCCGCUGCCCGCGCCGCCCGCGCUGGCCCGCGCGCGCCGGCGCCGCCGCCGCCGCCUACCUGAGCGCGGCGCGCUACGUCACCGGUUCACGAAUAGACACCUCGCUGUUUCGGCCGCUACCUCUACGAACUCAUAGAGAGACGACCGCCGUAGGCAGCGGCGCUACGCGUGUCGACUGGGCAGCUAAGUAUUUACGAUGAGCUUAGCUCGGCCUGUAACCUUAGCGACGACUCAGGUCCGGGUGCCUACCUCGCCAUAGGUGCGUAGAUGUGCCUCCCCGCCUACUUGAGGAAAAGCAAGGACUUGUACAUGUUGUGUCCA